AUGUCUUUCACUAACACAGUCAUGAUGACCGCCCUGCGUCCCCCGACAGACAGCAUGGCCAUGAUCGGUACCGGAAUCUACGAGAGGUACCGGAUAUUAACUGACUAUAUGAGGCCAUCCACCUACGACUCACUUUCCUCGUUGCGGAGCUUGGAGGAACUCGAAUACCCAGACGGGCCCACAAACUACGCUUCUGGCGCUGAUAUGUUCGAAAUUUACACAGCCUAUCUUGUCCAUUUCGCCCGAGCUGCUAGCUGGCUCCACGUCGGUGGUGCCACAUGCUGUCUUGGUGACGAGGAGCUUUUGUGUGCGCCGGCUACGGAAGAGGAAGAAAUGGACAUCUGA